CCUUGAAUUUUUUAUUUGACAAACUUGAUAGAAAAGAAACAAAAAUCUCAUUUUGAAAACUUUAAUUUCAAUGUCACCCUUUCAUCGUCUUGAAUACAACAGCAACACCAACAGUGGUAGUGGAGCAACAAAGGCUGUUGAUUCUAGUCCAGCUUUUCUUAGCAAGAGUAGUCAUUGACCAAGGAACUUAUAUUCCAAGUUAAUAGUCUAGAUCUUGAUCUAGAUCUCUCUAUAUAUAAUGUCUUCAAGCGGAUCCAGGAAAAGAAGACACAAGUCUAAAGACGACAGUUUGAACGGAAACCAGGACAGCGAAGGACCCAAAGAGAGCAGCCUUGUUCUAAAGAUAGCAGAACAGCAGACGACACAGGCAGACCAACAUGCGGAGCAGCAGUCCGAUGAUCAACACCAAGGUGCGGAAAGCCAGACUGAGACAGGAGAACCAAAGACGAACUUGACGACAGGUUUACUUGACCGACUAUUUGUCUCCAGACAGUCCGAAGUGACUACUCAAAGUACUCAGGACGAAGAGCGAUGUUUUACAGUACUUCAAAGCGCCGUCUCUUGGAAACACCUUGACCUUGCAGAGGUGUUGCUGCAGGAAGGAGCAGACGUGGCGGAAGUGACAGAAUCUGGACAGAAUAGUUUGAUGAUAGCCGCGGCUGAUGGCGACGUUAAGAUGUUGAAACUUUUAUGGAGAUACAAGGGAGACAACCUGGACAUCAACGCGACAGACAAGGACGGCAGUACAGCUCUACAUCUGUGCACACAAAACGCAUGUGCGGAGGGCGUGUCCUUCUUGAUCACGUGUGGCGCUGACGUCACGGCUAAAAAUAAACUGGGACAGACCCCGUUACACUUGACGGCUAUACUAGGGGAUCAGGAGUUGUGUGAUGUCUUCAUUAAGAGUCUGACCACAGGCGAGCCAGCCGAAGACCAGCAGCCAGCGACAGUCAAAGGAAUUCUUAUGGAAGAUUUGGCUGGUAGAACUCCAAUCUGUGAGGCUCUCAGAUUUCAGCACUUGGUGGUGGUCAAGACACUUAUGAACUCGUGUGACCAGGAGGAGGCCCUGGAGUUUUAUGUGAAGCGGAUCCAAAAAUUAAAAAGCUUGCCAUCUGGUGGCGAGAAAGACGGUGACCUUGACAUACAAUCCAUCAUAGGCUCCUUGCUCCUGGUAACCAAAAUGAUACCAAAGAAUCAUUUGAAAGAACUGUCUGAGGCCGACCCAAUCAACUGUCUCGUUCAAGUCGUUCGUCUGAACGUUGAAUCUAUCAGGAUUGUCUCUACAGCCUGUCUCAUGAUCAGCGAGCUCAUUUGGAAGGAGUGCCCAGAAGAGGAAGAGGAACAUGCGAAGCUUAAAAGUGGAGUUGAUGAGGUCAAAAAUGCAGAUGUCAGAGAAGAGCUUCUGAAACAAUUCCUGGACUGUAGAGGUCCUCACAUGGUCAUGGAAAAACUGAGCUCACAUGUCUUCACUGCGCAUGACACCUACCUGAUUGUGAGCACGCUAUUGCCUGUCAUGAUUCUGGUCAGGUGGCAGGCGGGGAAAACUUGGCUGGAGCAAAACAGUGGCAAUCUGAGUUUUUUCAAAGAGCUCCUCACCAGAAAAAAGAUCUUCAUGACUCAGAUGAACCUUAGAAAUCAAUUAGUACACGGUAUGCAGGUGGGCAACCUGAUCAAAGAGUUUCUGACUUUUGUUGAAGGUAUAGAGGCCAAAGACAGGGAACAAAACCUCGUGGAGCUGCUGGAGGAGGAGGAGAGGGAGAGGAUCAAGAGAGAGAAGAAGAAACGUAAGAGGCAGAAAAAACAUAGCAAGCAAGCAAAGGCAGAAACACCACAAGUGGUAAUAGUCGAUGCUAGCACUGACGACGAAAGUUCUGCCCCUGCCGUAUCUUGGAAUCGCAAAGCGUAUCAAAACGCUUCUGAAGUUGUGUCGUCCGCCUCGUUUGAAAAUGCCUUGGAAGAAACAACUUUCCAGCAAGAUAAGCAAGUAUCGAAAGAAGACCAAGGCCUGGUGAAGAAGUUCUUCCCUUCAGACUCGGCUGAUAAAAACUCGGAGAAGGAAUCAAAGUGGGUGAAAACAGCUACCGGUUCUGAGGAGUUUCCACCCAUUUCAGCUGGAUCCGAUGACAGGGUCACCAGUGACAGCAACGACGGCUGGGUCAAAGUGGAAGGGAGAAAGCCGAGUGGCAGAAACACGAUCAAGCCCAUGACCACAUGUCUCGUCAACCCGAACCCAGUCAAAAUACCGGAACUUACCAAACUGGCCCCGAUGAGGUGGGCUGAUGUCGCUAAGAUAGGUUGCUCUAAAGAUCUGGGUGCAAGAAAUUUCACAGUGCUUCUUGGAGACGUCAGUAGAUCCACAACCCCGGAUUAUUUCAAAUUGUCCAGCCUAAGCAAGAACACAGAGUCCUUUGCUUCCGUUGUCUCACACGGCUCCGAGAGCGAACUCAAAAGGCGAACGGAUGAGCGAAGCUCGGACUGGACACAGAUUGCUAGAAAUGCUUUUGUCGACAAUAUGUACUCCAAAGAACGAGAUGCUGAGCAAAUCCCUCCCACAGACGCCUCCAGUGAUAGCGACAGUGAGGAUACGUCCUCAACCACCUCCUCCGAGUGUCCGUCUGGGCUUUCCAGUGAACUGAAAAACUCGUUGUCCGUGGCAGACGACUUUUUUGGAAUCGACACAAGCUUUUCUAAGAGCAUUUGUAAGAACAGAGAGUUCCCUUCGUUUGCAUGCGCUUUUCCCAACCCUUAUGCAGAUUCUAGAGAUAAUUCUUUGUUUUCAUCACCGAACCUCAGAUGUUUUGAUGUCUCAAAAAGAUUGUUCAUUGGCCAGACUUCCCUGGUCGAAUCAAUGUCUUCCAGUGAUAAAAAUCAUCAUAGAAAUGAUGAAAAGGUCCAAGAGAUUGGCGGAGCGUGGAAUUGGCUUGACGACAAAACGUCAACAUUGAGCAAUGAUUGGGAAACAGGUGCUUCCAUCAGGCCGUCGGAGAUGUCCUAUCUAGCUGCUUGCGCUGAGAGAAAGCCAACUUUUCAUGGGCGAGAAGACGGAAAUGAUGGUCGGGCUCGAAGGUCGAGUUCUCCACUGUUUUCAAAGGCAGACUUGAUAUAUGAUCACAUGCCUGAAUUAGGUAGCUGCUCAGCGGGAAUCUGCCCACUGCAGUCUAACAAAAAUUGGCUCGAUAUAGGAAAUGGGACUCUUGAUUAUGCUGUCCAGAAGAAAAUGUUUUUCGAUCAUAAAAAGUCACUAGACGCCUGGCAAUCAGAUAAUCUGCUUCAGACAGUGUCAGAAAGUGGUCACUGGACAGAUCAAGAAACCAGCGUUAAGAAUUUGACGCGCAAGUUGUCUAACCCAUGGAGCAGUUUGCUGGCAUCAGACACUUCUGCCUCAACCGAAUCCAAGCAUCAGACAUCAGAGUCCUUCAUGCCCAGCUUUGCGAGCAUGUCCAACGCGGUAGACAACAAUCCAAUCGUGACAUCUAUGGUUGAAUCUGUGCUGACGCCAACAGUCACCUCUCUGUCUGGCUUGAACUCUGAGAAGAAGUUGUCAACCUUCUGCACCAACAACAAUGAUAUCCCUUCACCACCGCCGGGUUUUCAGAUCCAGAAGUCAAAUCCACUUCGCUCUUUUGCUUUCGACCAAACCCUUAGUUCGUCGAUUAGUCAGGACGUCUUCAACAAACCCUCAGAGUCGAUCAAUCAGGAUUUCAGACUUUCAACAUCUUCCUUAACUACCGGACACGGAGACGUUGAUCUCAGAAAGUUGGAGAGGUCUAUGACCGUGACCUCACUCAACUCUAGGUCACCGAUGGUGGGCAUAGUUGGACCUUUCACAAAAAUGACCAAACAGAGCGACGAUUCGUUGCCACAGCAGAUGUCACGACAGCAACGCCCUUCAACGGGUAGUAGCUUGGGCCUUACGUCCACUACCCAGAGCUUUUCCUCUGUCGUGGUUUCUUCUUUUGGUGCCAACCAGUCCUCACGAACAUCUGCCAUACAAUCAGUACUCGGGCUUCCAGUUAGCGCAUCACAGAGAAUACCAGCAGUCACUUCCAAUGCUCCAAGUUGGUCAGAGAGAGUUGCACAGUCCUUGAACCCCACCAGCGCAAACACGGGUCUAAACACAACAGUGUCACCAGCGUCCAGUCUUAUGGACUUUCCUUCAACACUUAUAGGACGUUCCCAGUCCAAAAUGACCAGCAGGUUACUGGACAGCCAGCCCACUCUUUUGAAGCGAGCCUCGGACAAUCAGCUGAGAUCGCUUCAAGAAUUUAUGGAGUGCUACCAGAGGCAACAGGCCGAGCAGUCCCUCCUUCAGCAACAUCUUCUGGAGAAGCACCAGCAGGAGUGCUGCGGCCUUACUGGCGCCCAGCUGUCACAGCUGUACAGACAGCACAAGGCUCAUGUCAGUCAACAGCAGCUCCAGCAGAAGGCAGCCCCGUUUGCCACGCAGCAACAAAACAGGCAAAACUUACCCAGACAGUCACAGAUAAGUCCACCGGUCUUGUUUCCCAGCGACCUCAGAGACGAGCCGGAACCGCGAGUUGUAGACAAGCAGACCUUUCCAGCGUUUCACGAGUCAGGCACAAGUGACCUUCUGUCUGAUUUAUUUGCAGAUCCACUUCUGAUUGAAAGAAUAGCCAUUAACCAGAUACGUCAGCAGUUUCUAACGCAGCAGGCCAAUUGUCUCCUGCGGGACACUGCCCUGAAUGUCCUGCGGGAUUCUGUAUACGGAAACGACCUGGAUUAUUACGCAUCUAUGUACCGCGUAAAGCUGAAGGAUAUACUGGGAGGAGCUCCGCGACAUACCGAUUCCGCCGGCAAUAGAUGUGAUCAAGACAUGCACAACCUGGCAACAUCACGAAACUCGACAACUUCUGAUGGACGCAGCUUGUCUCCAAACAGAGAUACUGGCCAGGAGAAAACAAGCAGACGUUGGAGGGAUGCUAUAAAUAGAAUAUUAGAAACGUCAUGGACUAUGAGACGUCAGUAUGGAGAUAUAGUCAUACCAAGCGCUGUGGCCGAGUACACUGUUAGUCACGUAGAGUUUCCCUUGGUCCUUGGGCUCAACACUGAUGGUCAAGAGAUAGCGGUUCUUAUACUGGACAAGAGUCAAGCUUACAUUGACCCCUGUCUUUUGGACGUGAUGUGUGAUCCGGAUCUAGAUCAUCAUUUUAUACUCAAGUGCAAGGGUAUGAGCGAGACCUGUACCACAGAGUAUGUGGCCCUGGAGCUGUGUGACUACACACUGAGUGAGUACAUGCAGAUUGUCCAACUCUCUCACAGGCAGGACCCACUCUCAGCCAACAGGUUGUCGUGGCAGCUGCUGGAAGGUAUCAAGUUUGUGCACCACCAUCUUGGCAUGCCCCAUGGAUUCUUGAAGCCAUCAUGGAUAUUUGUGGAUUCUGAAGGUCGAUUGAGAUUAGGUGGUUGCGGAAUAGUAACCAAAAUCAAUAAUCAUAUCAUGGGACCGUCAUCGAUGAUCAGGAACGAACCAGUGCGGUCAGCCUGUUGGACAUCGUCUGAAGAUCUCAACAGUGACAGGCCUCAGCCGUCGAUGGCCUCAGAUAUACAGGUGGCUGGAAUGUUGUUGUACUUUAUACUGACCGGUGGCCAACAUCCUUUCGGUGCAUCGCCACUGGAAGUGGAGGUCAACUUAGCCAGAAACAGCAGCCAGAUGCAGCAUAUCAGCGAGGAGGCCAACGACCUUGUCUCUGGGAUGUUGUUCCCAGACCCUUCAGCCAGGCCAACCAUCGAACAUUGUCUCAAGCAUCCGUUCUUCUGGUCAAGUGAAAAGAAAUUUCGCCUCAUCCUGAUAGUCGGCUCUGAUGUGUUGACGGAGAUGAAGACAGGUAUCGCACUGACUGGCAAUGGUUCACCUACCAUGAUGGAGAUACUUGGAGUCCUAGACAUUUGUGAAGUCAGUCCUAACUGGGUCCAGGCAAUCAACCCAGCAGUGAUGAAAGAGAUGAGAUCAUUCCGGGUGUAUAAAAAUAGCCUGUCAGAGUUGACCUUGUUUAUUUACAACUGUUGCCUCCACUUCGAUAAAAUGUCAGCAGUAGCCAAAGAGGUUCUGGACGAUCCAUGCAAGUAUUUUCAGAGUCUGUUCCCUUCACUUUUUAUGGCUAUUUAUAGAUCGCUCAAAGCAUCCGAUCGAAUUGACCGAACCUGCUACAAGCCAUUUUUCUGAAGCUAAACCUUUUCUGUUUGAUCAGUUAUUCAAUCAAGAUAGUAAGCUUGUAUGUAACCAAAGUACUGACUUUACUUGAAGUAACUUGGAACUUUUGCUGAACUGAUUGCUAGGUAUUUUAAAUGAACAGCAAGGCUGUGACAUUGUCAUAACACAAGACCUGUACAUUUUAUCCUAGUAAUUUAAAUAAACUAACGAUUAUAUUCAGAGUAGGGAGCACUAAUUACAAAUAUACUUUCAAAAAUAUACGAAUGACAUGCAAAUAGGGCUCUGCACCACUAUCAUUUAAGGGAGUUUUACAUUUUUACAUUUAAUCUAUUAGUUUUGAUUUCUUUUACACGCGUUUAUAUAUAACUGCACUAUAUAACUUGAUAUAUAACUGCACUAUAUAACUUUAUAUACAUCAUUAGAGACAGCAAACUUGACACAAUAUUUAUACAGAAGUUUGUUUUGUUCUUGCAUCGCUUCAUACGAAGAUACAGCAACCUUUUUAAUGUGUUUUCUUUAGUAAUAUUCAGGUUAACCUCCAUUUAGCUGAGUCAGGGCUUUUUGUCUUUUAAUUAGAACAAAGUCAUGUUUUUGUGAGUUUAAAUUGUGUAGACAGCUUGUUCUGUCCUACUGAUGAAUAUUUAUACAAAUUUUCUUUUAAAUAUUUAUAAUUUAAACUUCUAGUUUAGAACAAGACAAUGUUUUCGAUGUUUGUAGAACGAAAUGAACGAAUAAAAAUCUGUUUUUAUUAUG